CCCAUUUCUACUCUAGCAGAGCAAUGGCGUCCUUCAGCUUCGGCUCUCUGAUACUGCUCUCAGCGAUUUUCAGGCUGGCACUUAUCCUCUACGGCGAGUGGCAGGAUGCGCACAUGGAGGUCAGAUACACUGAUGUCGAUUACAUCGUUUUCUCGGACGCUGCUUCUCUAAUGGCGGCGGGAAAGUCGCCCUAUUUGAGAUCCACAUAUAGAUACUCACCAUUACUUGCGUUUUUGCUCAUACCGAACUCUAUCUUCCAUCGCUGUUGGGGAAAAUUUCUGUUUUCAGCGUCAGAUUUACUCGUUGGAUUCUUCAUACGUACUAUUUUGAAGAAACGUGGGGUUCCUGAAAAUUUAUGCCUCGGUUCUGUUAUGGUUUGGCUUUUCAACCCGUUUACGUUUACCAUUGGCACCAGAGGGAACUGUGAGCCUCUUGUUUGUGCAAUGGUUCUUAAGAUCCUUUUGUGUUUGAUGAACGGUCAGUUGCUACAAGCUGCAUUUUGGUAUGGACUCGUCGUCCAUUUCCGAAUCUACCCGAUCAUCUAUGCCCUCCCGAUUCUUCUGAUUCUUAAUCCAAAUUUAUUCAAAUCUGGCAUGAACCCUGCUCUUCAGAAAUGGAGUCAGCAUGAUGAAAAGGCUCCUCAGAGAAAUUUACAAUCAAGAUUGGCUUGUAUUUUUAGUCCAUGGUUUCUUUUGAAAUCCAUAAUGACUAAGGAGAGGAUACUUUUUGGCCUCAUUUCUGGUUUGGUGUUCAUCUUCUGCACCGCAUUGUUUUAUUAUCUAUAUGGUUGGGAAUUCCUGCACGAGGCACUGCUCUAUCAUCUUACACGAACUGACCCAAGGCACAAUUUUUCAAUUUAUUUCUAUCACAUCUAUCUUCAUCAUGAGCUUGAAUUCUCUGUUGUGGAGAAGCUCAUUUCAUUUCUACCCCAGUUGGUAGUGCAGCUCGUUCUCGUUCUAUCAUUUGCUGAAGAUCUUCCAUUCUGCUGGUUUGCGCAGACCGUAGCCUUCGUGGCAUUCAACAAGGUCAUCACAGCACAAUAUUUUGUCUGGUUCUUCUGUCUUCUACCUUUGAUUCUUCCUUGGAGUAAGAUGAAGCUUAAAUGGAAAGGCGUGUUCUCGAUAGCGAUCUGGACGGGAGCACAGCUUCACUGGCUGAUGUGGGGUUAUUUGCUGGAGUUCAAGGGAAAGAAUGUGUUGAUUCAACUGUGGAUGGCUAGCAUCAUGUUCUUGGCUGCAAACACAACCGUUUUGACCUUAAUCAUUCACCAACACAAGCUCUCUGCGCUUUUCAUGCUACCCAAUAGCACAGCCGACAAGACGAAGAAAUCCAACUGAUGAUGUAUGUACUUUGUGAGUUGAAUGAUAGUUUUAAUGAUAUAAUUGUUUACAACUCUCUUUUUGUUGUCAA